CCUGCGUGGACUUUUCCUGGCGGCCACGAUGCCAGCCUUCCGCUAGGGCGCUGCGCUCAGUUUCUCUUUUUCUGCACCGAACACGAACGGGUUGGGGUGCUUCCCUCCAAGCCUCUCUCUCUCUCUCUCUCUCUCUUUCUCGGGGGUGGUGGCAACCUUCUCGGCGGAGAGAAGGAGUGGGGGAAAAGUUGGGAGCUGCAGCCUUCCCAGGGAUUGGCAUCUCCCUUUCGGAAGAGGAGAUCGUGGGAGUCUGCGAAGAGAGAUCCGUGCGCUUUGGACGCCCGAAGGAUGCGCCCAGCUGGGGUCCUCCGGCGGGAGAAGCUCUUCAAGGUACCCCUCCCCAUUCCCUAGCCUUUUUGCUCGUCCGCCUCCCCCAAAAGUUUCCGAAGUUUGGGGCGAAGGCGCCUCUAGAUUCACCCAGGAUGUUGGGCUUUCCUCCGGGAUUUUUGGAGAGCGCGCAGUGAAGGGAAGGAAGGCAGACCUCGGCUCGGGCAAGGCUUGGGGAAGGAGGGCGGCGAUGGGGGACUCGGGGGGACUUUUGGGCUCCUCCUCGGUGUCCGCGCCUCCGCGGGUCCACAGCGCCAUCGUGGAGCGGCUCCGGGCGCGGAUCGCCGUCUGCCGGCAGCACCACCUCAGCUGCGAGGGACGCUACGAGCGCGGGAGGGCGGAAAGCGCGGAUCGAGAGCGGGAGAACACCUUGCAGCUGCUCAGCCUCGUCCAGCAGGGACCCGCCGCCAGGAAAGGCAGCAAGCACGGCGGCGGCGGCAAGGCGGCUCAUGCCCUGGCGCACGGUCCCGCGGCGCCCGCUAACGCAACAGCGCCCCCUGCGGCGGAAUACUUUCACGCCCCGCCGCUGGUCAGCAACGGGACAGCCGCCAAUGGACGGAGUGGGCUCAAUGGGGAGCAGCAGCAGCAGCAGCCACACAGUGCAGGGGAGCAAAGGAACUCCGCCCUCAUCGCUCUCCAGGGUUCUUUAAAGAGAAAGCUGGUGGUGAAUCUCUCACCAGCCAACAAUAAGAGAUCAAACGGCAUUGCUGACAACACCUUCCUUGAUAUUAAGAGGGUCCGCGUUGGGGAUAAUAACCUUUCUGCGGGACAUGGACACUGUGGUAAUAAUUGCCAGAACCCCUCGGUGUUAGGAGCCUUGACAGUCGGACAAGGUUCUCAGAGGAAGGUCAACAGCCCAACAAACAACACCCACUCAAAUGCCAAUGGGAUGUUUAACUUGACACUAAAGGAGGUAAAGAAAGAACCAGGAGAGACUUACUCUUGCAGCAAACACUCAGAUAAUCAGGUGUCCCAGGGCCAUCCUUUUCCUAACAGAUAUGGAGAAGACAUGGGAGAACAGCUGAUGGACCCAGAACUUCAAGAAUUGUUCAAUGAGCUGACAAAUAUUUCUGUGCCACCCAUGAGUGAUCUUGAACUCGAAAAUAUGAUAAAUGCUACCAUCAAGCAAGAUGAACCAUUUAACAUUGACCUCGGGCAGCAGAUCCCGAGAACUCCUCCUGCCAGAUCUUCAUCAUUGCAGAUGGAUAAAAUGGUGAUCAAGCAAGAAUAUUCACCCACCAUGAACCAGGCUUCAGCUGGGUCACCCCAAAUGAGGCCUUCCUCUACGGGUCCACCUUUCACCAUGUCAACUGCUGCUAUGUCCAGCUCAUCUCCGAUUCCUUCAGUGCCUCAGACGCAAACCACUCCAUCUCAAGCACCGUCAAUUCCCAACCGUCCAAUGGGCACCUGGCAGGAAGUCUCCCAUGCCCAGCAGUUGAAACAAAUAGCAGCCAACCGUCAACAACAUGCCAUGAUCCAGCAAUGCCAGCAGGGUCAACCGCCCUCCUCCUGGCCCACUUUAUCACCUGCAGAGCUUCCUCCCGGAUCGUUUGUCCAGGAAAAAAUGGCCAACCCUCCUUUUCAUCAGCAGCAGUUCAACCCGCAGAACUCAGGAGUCCCUGCAAAUGGGAAUCUGCCAAAAGGAAUGAAUAACUACAUCUACCGGGCAAAUGCCCUAUCCCAGGGAAGCUCUGUCAACACCAUGAUGCAACGAAAGACUCAGGACCUCAGCAGAGGUUAUAUCAGCAACAGCCAGUUGCCGCUGGAGGAGCCUCAGAACAACAUCAAGCCUUUGUUUCAGUUCAACUCAGAACAACCCAGCCAGCAAAUGCCUUCUGUUUUGGGCUCCCAAAACAAGCCUUCGAUUCUGCACUAUGCACAGCAGCAGCAGCAACAACAACAGCCUAACUCGGUAGCUGUUCAGCCGCAGACACAGCAACAACAAUCAACACAACAGCAGCAACAAUCUACCCAGCCUCUUCAAAGACCACCAAACGUUUCAUUAGCUCUGCAGCAAAAAAUCAUGCUCCAGAAAAUGCUGCAAAAUCAAACCCUGUCAAGACAGCAGUAUCCUGUUCCAACACAGCACCAACUGGAUCAACACUCCAUCCUUGGCCAAAGUACAGCCUCCAGCCCAAGUUCUGGCACUUGUACAAAUCCAAAUGCUGGAAGCAGUUACAUGAAUUCACCCCAGCAAGCGUUGCUAAACCAGCAGCUGAAACAACAACUUCUCUUACAGCAGCAGCAGCAGCAGCAGCAACAACAACAGCAACAACAACAACAGAUAUUAACAGAAGCAGAGAAGAUAACUCCUCAGGACCAGUUGAAUCGGCACCUUGCGAGGCCACCACCGGACUACAAAGACCAAAGAAGGAAUCAAGUCAACAUACAGCAAACCCACCAAUAUUCCAGUGGAUCGGCCACUGUGAGCAUCAAUAGCCUAUGCUAUUCCAACCCCAUUUCAACUCCUCUGACACAAACGUCGACUCUACUAUCAACAGCUCAUGGAACCAGGAUGCCUUCUCUUCCGGCCGGCCACCACAUGAGCUGCUAUGGGAACGUCCCUCGCAGUCAACCCAGCGCAUACAAUGUGACACCUUCAAGGGUAAGCCCAGUCCCACAGAACAGGAACCCAAACCCAGUUGUAUCUGGUCAGAACAGUCCUGCAGCCUCACAACAAGUCCCUCCUGGGCAAGGAAACAACUUACCGACAUUUAAUAGUGGUCCAGGGAUCAACCCUCAGCAAGGGAAGCUUGGCUUGAGCCAGGGGACCACCACACAAAGACCUGCAAACGUGAUGGUCUCCUCGAAUUCCGCAUCUCAGAACUGGGUUUCUCCAGAAACAGGAGCAAAGCAACAAGAAACACGAAAGGCCAUGGGUUCCCCUUUCCCAACAGGGAGCCCAUAUACAAGCCAGCAAAUGCAACGCACAGCUGCUCACCAGCAAUUCUCCCAGCGUGCCAUGGUGCCUGCUUCCCAAUUGGCCACUGCCCAGAUGAGGACACCUGUGAGCCAAAUGAACCAGACUCUCAAUGGACAAGUGGCUGGGUCACCGAAAGCCCAGAAUGCAAGGUCUAACCAGGUACGGGCACAGGCCAUGCCACACUUAAAUCCAGCUGGGGUUGGCAUGGCAUCUCCACCACACACCUUGCCAUCCAAUCAUUUCUCAUCCUCUGCCAAUCCAACACCUGCCAGGUCUUAUCAAGGAACUGAUCAUGCUAGCGACCUAGCGUUUGACUUUCUGAACCAGCACGGAGAUAACAUUGGGCCAGCACUCAACAGUGAUCCGGACUUCAUUGAUUCUUUGUUGAAAACAGAACCUGGUAAUGACGACUGGAUGAAGGACAUCAAUCUUGAUGAAAUAUUAGGUGGCCAUUCCUGAGACAAAGCAGUUGACAAUCACAAACACAUGGUGUUUAUUUACAGUCAUUACAUAUGUUUGCCCCAAAAA